AUGGAGAGGAUACGCGUUAGCAAGGUCGAGGAUGUCUAUCUCUUACGCAGAGGCACACGCUUCGACGGCACCCUCCAUCUCAUGCCCCACCACAUCGUCUUCAGCUAUCUCCCAAGCAAGCCCGCCGACGCUCCGCCAGCUGCAAAGCCGCCCCGUCAGAAAGAAGUGUGGAUCACGUAUCCUAUGAUCAACUACUGUUGUCUGAAGUCUUGCCCACCCGUCAUGCGCCAGCAGCCGUCCAUCCGCAUACGAUGCCGCGACUUUACCUUCUUUGCGUUCUUCUUCCCGGACGAGAAGAAGGCUCGGGACGUAUACGACAGUAUCCGCGCAUUGUCUUGCAAGAUAGGACGCCUUGACAAGCUGCUGGCGUUUAGCUACCAGCCAAAGCCUCCGGAGGAUCAGUUCAACAGCUGGGACAUAUACGAUGCACGUCGAGAAUUUAAGCGCCUGGGAAUCAGCCCUAAGGAUACAGAGAAGGGCUGGCGAAUAUCUGAAAUCAACGUCGAGUACAAGUACUCGAAGACAUACCCUGCCCUUAUCGCAGUCCCUUCUAAAGUAUCGGACAGUGUUCUCAGAUACGCCGGCGCGUACCGCUCGAGACAACGUAUACCCGCGCUUGUCUACCGUCACCCGCUCAACAACUGCUCCAUAACACGGAGUUCGCAACCAACACCCGGUAUUACAGGGAACCGAAACCCCCAGGAUGAGAGACUUGUUGCAGCUAUAUGGGCUACCAAUCGUGGGUGGAAUCCUGCGCAUACCCCUGAUGCUGCCAGUUCUACCGCGGAUCUAACCGUUGACAACGAUUCCAGUACUAAUAGUUCCUUCGUGGGUGUAGUGGAUGCCGAAGCCGUCAACUCUGGAAGAACAACUGCAGAUGACUUGAGUGGGUCUAAUGAUUCCGACGACAUCACUCCCAGGAUCUAUGGCGCACAACAACGAAACCUUAUCGUCGAUGCCCGGCCGACGGUAAACGCAUAUGCAAUGCAGGCUGUUGGGCUUGGAUCGGAGAAGAUGGACCAUUAUCCUGGAGCUGAAAAAGCAUAUCUAGGAAUCGACAACAUCCAUGUUAUGCGAAAGUCUUUAAACAUGGUCAUUGAUGCCCUGAAAGAAUCUGAUCUAACCUCUUUCCCGCCGAACCAGCAGCUGCUGGCAAAGAGUCACUGGGUCAAACACACUGCCAACAUUCUCGACGGUGUCGCUUUGAUAGCCCGCAGAGUGGGUAUCAUGCACUCGCAUGCUCUGAUACACUGUUCAGACGGAUGGGAUCGUACAAGCCAGCUGAGCGCGCUCAGCCAGAUCUUGCUUGAUCCGUACUACCGGACAAUGGAAGGCUUCAUUGUGCUCAUCGAGAAGGAUUGGCUUUCGUUUGGCCACAUGUUCCGGCACCGAACUGGCUUCCUUAGCCACGAGAAGUGGUUUUCCAUCGAAAAUGAACGAAUAGAGCGCAAGAACGAUGGUCAAGGUGGCGGCAAUGCGUUUGAGAACGCAUUGCGUGGGGCAAAAGGCUUCUUCAACCGACAGAAUGAGUCUAACGAAUCGCUUAACCAACUACCGGAAACAAACAGCACAGAGAAUGUUACAGAUGUGUCAGAUGCGGCGGCAGCAAAACCUUCAAGCAGGAUCGGCGCUGCAGAAGAACAUAGAAUCACAAAGGUCAACGAGUUGUCACCAGUCUUCCACCAAUUCCUUGACUGCGUCUACCAGCUUCAGUAUCAGCACCCUACACGGUUCGAGUUCAGCGAACGGUUCUUGCGACGACUGCUGUACCACCUGUACUCGUGCCAGUACGGCACUUUUUUAUUCGACAAUGAGAAAGAGCGCAUGGAAGCCAGAGCAAAGGAGCGCACCAGGAGUGUCUGGGAUUACUUCCUUUGCCGCAAGCAGGAAUUUCUGAAUCCGAAGUACGACGCCGAGAUUGACGACUCGGUAAGAGGCAAAGAGCGUAUGAUCUUCCCCCGCAAAGGCGAGGCUAGGUGGUGGGCCGAGUGCUUCGGGCGUACAGAUGACGAGAUGAACUUGUACGGUCCUCAACUGCCACCGCUACUUACGCCUCAGACUAGCAAUCUGUCCAACGGGAAGACUGGAGCAAAUACUCCGUUGCAGCAAGAGCCAAUUGUGACUGGCACCGAGACGGCGGAAAACGCAACAGGUGCAGGUACCACCACUGAUCUGCCUCCGACCCAUGCCGUGGGAGAGCGGUCGAGUAGUGUAUCGGCUGCUUCGCCAACGCCUUUCGAUGCGGCGGCAGCUCUAGGGCAAGAUCUGAAGCAAGGUCUCGUAGCGGGUAUAGGGAGAUUGGGUAUUGGCAGCAACAGAGAAGUCAGUCCCCGACCUAGUACGGACUCGAGUAGACCAGGACCGAGGCUGAGCGCGGAAACAAAUGCACAGCAUGGCAGAGAGAGGAGUCGAAGCAGAAGCCAGGAGACGAGAGGGGAGUUGGAAGUUGAGAUGCAAUGA